UUACAGGAACGAUAACUGCAUGUGAACUAAUGAGGUUAAUGUAGGGCAGCCUGUCUCUUUCAGUGUCCCAUUCAGCUGCAGGGUGUCAUUUCAUGGAUCCAGUUUUUGUGUGGACACGCGUUCAGAGUGUGCUGCUGCCGUGGAGGCAACAAUUUAUUUUUGGCAUCUGACAUUAAAGCUCACCCUUCGCAAUGGCAGCGGCCCCUCUAAAGCGCUGCAGCACUCUGGUCUGACUGGAUCUCUGUCAGUCCUCUUGUCUCUACACGGUGAUCACAAGCUGAAUAUCCAUCAUGGACAACGUUUGUUUCAGGCCCUGACCAGCACGAGACACGAUAUCCUGUUGUGAGCUGUGAGGGGAGACGAGUAGUGCAGUCUCUGAGGUGAAGCAGCGUCACAUUCAUCAUGACCAAAGAGGAGGAAAUCCCUGACUGGGUGGGUGCACAGGAGUUCUAUGACAAGUAUGAGCCAAAGGAGAUUCUUGGAAGGGGAGUGAGCAGUGUGGUGCGGCGCUGUGUCGAUAAGCGGACAUCUCAGGAAUAUGCUGUGAAGAUCAUCGACAUCACUCCAUCAGACAAGAUGACUCCACAGGAGAUUGAGGAGAUCAGAGAGGCCACAGUGAAGGAGAUAGACAUCCUGAAGAAAGUGUGUGGACAGGACAACAUCAUACAGCUUAAAGACUGCUAUGAAUCCAACGCCUUUUUUUUCCUUGUUUUUGAUCUGAUGAAGAGGGGGGAACUUUUCGACUAUCUCACAGAGAAAGUGACUCUGAGUGAGAAGGAAACCAGGAAGAUCAUGCGCGCACUGCUGGAGGUGGUCCAGUUUCUUCACAGCCAGAACAUCGUCCACCGGGACCUGAAGCCUGAGAACAUCCUCCUAGACGAUGAGAUGAACAUCAAACUCACUGACUUUGGCUUUGCUGUACAAAUUUCAUCAGAACAGAAGCUCAAAGAGGUGUUUGGGACUCCCGGUUACCUUGCUCCUGAGAUCAUCGAGUGCUCCAUGGAUGCAGGGCAUGAAGGAUAUGGCACUGCUGUGGAUAUAUGGAGCUCAGGAGUGAUCAUGUACACGCUGCUUGCAGGCUCUCCACCUUUCUGGCACAGGAAACAGAUGCUCAUGCUGCGGAUGAUCCUGGCUGGGAAGUACGACUUCUCCUCUCCAGAGUGGGAGGACCGCUCAGACACUGUGAAAGAUUUGAUCUCUCGGAUGCUGGUGGUGGACCCAAAGCAGCGAUACACAGCCACUGAUGUCCUCAACCACUCGUUCUUCUCACAGUAUGUGGUGGAUGAAGUGAGACAGUUCAGUCCAUACAGGCGCUUCAAGGUCAUCUGCAUGACUGUUCUUGCCACAAUGAGAAUCUACUGCAACUAUCGCCGAGCCAAACCUGUCACCAAGGAGGUGAUCAAGAGCGACCCAUACGCAGUCAAGCCCAUCCGAAAGCUCAUUGAUGCGUGUGCGUUCAAGAUCUAUGGCCACUGGGUCAAGAAGGGACAAACUCAGAACAGAGCAGCACUUUUUGAAAACACUCCUAAAGCCAUCCUGCUGUCGAUGGCUGCCGAGGCCGACGAGCCGAUGCACCACAUCUGGUAAAGAGCACUUAUUCUCAGGAUGGAGCUGCUGCGGCUUCAUGAGGACUUUAUGAAACAAAUGAACUGGUUCAACAUAGACAACUGCUAGAAGAAGAGCUUAUAUUGAGUCUUUUUCUAAAGCAUCUUGGGUUUGUGUUGGAAUACAGCACUGGAUGUUACAUUGGGAGUGUUUUCCCUAAAACUGAGAGGAGUGUGGCUAAAAAGACUUAAACAUUUAUGCCACUAUCUACAGGCUUUCUGUGCCAAAUUAAGCUUUAAAACUAUAAUGGUAUUUUAGGGACUAUAUUAGACUGCAAAUCAACUAAACUUGGCACAAAAAGUAAGGAAAUUUGUGUUUGGUAGAUUAUUUCUUUGUUGUAACAAUGCUUCUUGGCAAUAAAUCUUAUACCACUGGAAAGCCUGUUUAUGACCCUUCAUAAUGGUGUCACAUUUGUAAGGAACAUGCAUUAGUGGGAUGAGUAGCAGAGCUGGAUAUGUGGGUUGGGCCCAUGAAAAAUUUACCAAAUCUUCUCUGCCAAUGCCAAACAGCUUAUUCUUUCAUCGACUCUUGUUUGGUGUUUGGUGAAUUGGAUGAUUGAAGUUUGAAGAAACAAGACAUAUUGGCAAUUUAACAGUUUAUUCAUUUAACAGGAGCCUCAGUAGCAUGUGGAAGAACCAUACACAGCCACAACAGCCUGGCACCUCCUCCUCAUGCUGGUGGGAUUGGAGGGACCGCUGUGGGAUGACAUCCCAUUCUUUGUUGGUCACUCUGGCACGAACAGCACACCCAAGCUGAUCCCACAAGUGUUCAAUGGGGCUGAGGUCAGGACUGCUGGCAGGCCAUUCCAUCCUCUCCACUCCCAAAUUCUGGAUGUAGUCUCUGAUAAACCCCGCUCUGUGGGAGCAGGAUCAGGUGCCAACCAGGCACCUGAUUGGAGCACUUGGGGGGUACCAGAAGCUCAAAACAAGAGCCAAUAGCAACAGCAAAAUAAGCUGUUGGGCACUGGCAGAAAAGAUUUGGUAAAUCUUUCAUGGGCCCAACCCACAUACCCAGCUCUGCGACUCAUCCCACAAAUGCAUGUUCCUUACAAAUAUGACACUAUUAUAAAGGGUAAUAAACAGGCUUUCUAAUGAUAUAAGAUUUAUUGCCAAGAUGCAUUGUUACAACAAAGAAAUAAUCUACCAAACACAAAUUUCCUUACUUUUUGUGCUAAGUUCAGUAUCAAGUCAAAUGGAAUGAUUUAAUAUAGUCUGGCAAUCAAAUGGCACAACUGAUGCUGCAGUCUUUAUACCUUACUUAAGAACUUAGACACAUGGUGUCUACUCUUUAGUUACUGCAUAAAUAUUUAUCAAUAGCUGAUAAUUAGAAACUAUUGUCAUCAGAAUCAAGAUAAUGGAUCCUGGAUGUAAAAUAAUGGUACUUUUUCAAAUAUCCAUUCUCUCAGAUCUGUCAGCUUUGCUUAGCAGCCAAAGCUAAAUUUGUCAUAUUUUUCAAAAUACAGCAAACAGAAAUAUGAAACCGUGAACCUGUGUACUUGAAUGGCAUGGAUUUACAUUUGUGUGUACAGUGUAGUGUUUUGAUCAAGAUGUAGGAUGUACUUUCCUGGCCUACUUAUUGAAAGAUGAUAGCACUUUAAAAUGUUUGGCAUGGUUUAUUUAUUAAACCAUUUCACUUAAAAUCAAAGUCUUCUCAUUUAAAAAGUAUCAACUAUUUUUCUGAUUUUUAUAUUUACGAUAAAUUAACUUUAUCUUAAUGCAUCCGUGUCAAAAAUUUUAUGCUUAUUGUAGUGAAAAAAAAAAUCAACAUUUUUUUUAACAAAGUUGUGCUUUAUUUAACAGAAGAGAGGGACAUUUUUCAAGCAUCAUUACAAACUCAAGAUUGGAGAGAUAAUGGUAUUUUUCAAAUACAUGAUACGGACCUUUAUCAUUCUUACCACUUUCUUGCAAUUCUGCUUUUGAAGUUCUCACUGGUUACCCUGCAGUAUUUAUGAAACAAAAGGGAAAUCAGACUUACUACAAAGAACAUGUGGUGGUGAGCAGCAGUUAUAGUGCAUUAAUGUACUCAUUCCUAAACAGUUUGAUGAGGCAGAGGCACUCAUCCAGUCAUUAAGUAGAAAUGAGACAAGGAUGUUGCAUGGUGUCUGACUGUAUCCACCACAGACUUGCUGGAACAGAAUUCUGCCAUGCCAUGGUGUUGAUUUUUGGUCAUUAAGAUUAAUAAUUUGACAAAAUUUGCACAAACAUACCAUCCCUCAGACUUUGGGAGUGAUCUGAUAUGCCAUCAGCAGCAUGACUGACCCUGCAGCCUGAGCCUGUUACAUCACAGAUCCCUAUUUCAACAAAUGCAUAAUAGAAGCAAUAACACUUGUAUUAUUAUUUCAAAUGGUCAAUUUUACACAAUUCUUUUAAAGCCUGAAUAAGAUGCAAAGAUAGCACAUGUUUCCAUUCUGACUAAAGGACGAGGCACAUCACUGGUGCUCUUAUCCUGUAGUUGAGUCAGAAUGUGAAAAUAAUAAUUUAGCAUGGUGUCUGACUGCAUUUACCACUUCAUGAGUAAUACAGAAUUCUGCCAUGCAUUAAAAUGUUAUUUUUCUGACAAUGUAUAUAUUUAAAUAUGAAAACUAUUCACGACUGACUCAAAAUCGAAACAUACAAAGACUUUGGAACUUUUUCAUAGUGUUUUUGUGAUGACUGACAAUAAAUACAGUGUAUGCUUGA